UGUGACAUAACGCAAAGAUGGAUGUGUCAACGAGAGGAAAUUCGAGCGGAGACGUCAUCAUGAACUUCACUUAUUGCAACUUCACGGACUUCGCCAAAACCUACAGCGGAAUCCACGGUUAUCUAAGUAUAAUAGUGUGCGUCUUCGGAACGAUCAUGAACAUCCUCAACAUCUGCGUGUUAACAACGAAAGAGAUGCGAUGGCCUACGAAUCUCAUCUUGACAGGAUUAGCGGUAUCGGAUAUUCUGGUUAUGCUGGAUUACAUCCCUUUCGCUUAUUACUUCUACCUGAAUCCUGAAGCUAAAUUAACGGAAGGUUUCUUUUCGUACACGUGGGCCAUUUACACGUAUUUCCAUGCGCUCUUCACCUUGAUAUGCCACUUCAUUUCGUGCUGUUUGACUGUGAUCUUGGCUAUUUGGAGGUAUAUUGCAAUUUCGCAUAGACAGAACAACAGAUUCCUGCAGACUGUGACGAGUAUACCGAAGACUUUGCUCACGAUAUUCUUGACGUAUAUCUGGUGUCCCAUCAUAUGUCUACCGUUGUUCUUGACUUAUAAGAUAUCCACGACUCAUAGGUCGGUGGAUGUGGACAGGAGGAUCAUUUCGGAGAGGAUGCUGGCCAAUUAUACCGGACCUAGGGAGAACGUCUCUUUGUAUACGGUGCAAAUGACUGGCAGUUUCAAGAACGUCUCGUAUCUAAUUUACGGUGUUGUGAUAAAGUUGGCGCCGUGCAUACUGCUGAUAGUGCUCUCAUCCAGACUUAUCUCCGGAUUAAUGGAGACGAAGAGACGCCGCAGGCAUCUCUUAAUUAACAGUGGUGUGCCUUUGAUCGAUACCAAUGGUAAAAAGACAUUGAAACACAAAAAGACUUUGGAAGAGGAGCAUCAGACGGACAGGACUACUAGGAUGCUUGUCACAGUGCUCCUCCUCUUCCUCGUCACCGAAUUACCUCAGGCCAUACUAGGUCUGCUUUCAGUCAUCAUAGGCGGAUCAUUCCCAGAUCAAUGCUACCAUCCAUUAGGUGAUCUGAUGGAUUUCCUGGCUUUGAUCAACUCAUCGAUCAACUUCAUCCUGUAUUGCGCGAUGUCGCGGCAAUUCCGGACGACCUUCCAAGAAGUCUUCAGACCUAAAUGGUUGACAAAGUGGUCACCUCUGUCUCAAGGUCCUCUCGAAAUCAACGGCGGAGCAACGCAGGUGACCAUCGUUUAAAAAAAGCCGCCCUCUUAUAAAACAUAAAUUAUAUAAGUGUGAUCUCCAACAGAAACAAAAAGAAAUGUAAAUAGAAGGAACAUAAUGAAUGUGAUUCUUGCAUUAAUUCCCCCCAUGUCCCCCAACUGUAUAUUUUUGUAAUAUAUUUAAAUUUAUUAGCAUAUAUAUUUUUGUGUACCCGUAUUUAUUGUAUAGAAUAAUGAAAUUUUCGUUUUCUGGAUACGCACGAGCCCCGCGCAUCCAGAAAACUCGAUGAUUGUUAAUUUAACACGACGAAGAGAAGUGAUGCAUGCGAGAUCCCCAGAUCGGAUGCAUUUAAAUGUUGCUUUGUGAUGUAUUAUAGUUAUAUAAUGUUACAUGUAAUUAAUUAUAUUGUCUCAUCGUAUUGUCUAAGAAAUAAACUUAA